AUGUGUCUCAGGCACUACUACAACAGCUUCUUCGAAUAUUUCCCCGAGCCGAUCAAUAAUCUUCUGUGCGUCAACACCGCCAUCCACGAGAACGUGACGACCUGUGUCGUCGACGAUUGCACGGCGUACGAGCAAGGUGCAUAUGUUGUGGUGGCAGCUAUCGGGUGCCCCGAAGAAACGUUUCCAACUGCGAAUGUUACAUUGGCAAGGGUCACGACGGAUCUCGAGGAGGGAGGUGACCCAUAG